AUGGCGUCCGAGCUCACGUACCGCGGCGGGGCGGCGUCCCCGUCCGCGGGCGCCGCCGGGGCCGCCGGCGAGUACUCGUCCGCGAAGCCCGCCUGCUCCAAGCCGCUCGCGUGGCUGCCCCGCGCCGCCCGCUACGCCGCGGCCGAGCACCGCCCGCUCUUCGCCCUCGUCGGCAUGCUCGUCGCCGCCGCCAUCUUCUGCCUCGCUGCCCCCUCCGGCUCCGGCCCGGCCGCCACGCCCUACUCCUCCGGACGCGCCGCCGCCGUCUCCGGCGCGCUCACCCGCUUCUCCGUCGACCCCGCCGCGCGCAACCCCGGCCGCCAGUUCGUGGCCGGAAAGGUGCCCCUCGGGCUCAAGCGCAAGGGGCUCCGCGUCCUCGUCACCGGCGGCGCCGGCUUCGUGGGCAGCCACCUGGUGGACCGCCUGGUGGCGCGCGGCGACAGCGUGAUCGUGGUGGACAACCUCUUCACGGGCCGCAAGGAGAACGUGAUGCACCACUUCGGCAACCCCAACUUCGAGAUGAUCCGCCACGACGUCGUCGAGCCCAUCCUCCUCGAGGUCGACCAGAUCUACCAUCUCGCCUGCCCCGCAUCCCCCGUCCACUACAAGUACAACCCCGUCAAGACAAUCAAGACCAAUGUGGUUGGUACGCUCAACAUGCUUGGACUGGCCAAGCGGAUCGGCGCCAGGUUCCUCCUCACCAGCACCAGUGAGGUCUACGGUGAUCCCCUCCAGCACCCUCAGGUGGAGACCUACUGGGGCAAUGUCAACCCCAUCGGUGUCAGGAGUUGCUACGAUGAGGGCAAGCGUACAGCUGAAACCUUGACCAUGGACUACCACCGUGGUGCCAACCUUGAGGUUAGGAUUGCUCGGAUCUUCAACACCUAUGGCCCACGCAUGUGCAUUGACGAUGGCCGUGUUGUCAGCAACUUUGUUGCUCAGGCGCUAAGGAAGGAGCCUUUGACGGUUUACGGCGAUGGCAAGCAGACCAGGAGUUUCCAAUACGUUUCUGAUUUGGUUGAGGGGUUGAUGAGGCUGAUGGAAGGUGACCACAUAGGGCCAUUCAACUUGGGUAACCCUGGUGAGUUCACCAUGCUGGAGCUGGCCAAGGUUGUCCAGGACACCAUCGACCCGAAUGCACGGAUCGAGUUCCGUGAGAACACCCAGGACGACCCGCACAAGCGCAAGCCAGACAUCACCAAGGCCAAGGAGCAGCUCGGGUGGGAGCCGAAGAUCGCCCUCCGUGACGGUCUUCCCCUCAUGGUCACUGACUUCCGCAAGCGGAUCUUCGGCGACCAAGAUAGCGCCACCACCGCCACCGAAGGCCAGUAA